AGAAUAACUAACGGAGAUUUCAGUCCUCGGCGCUAGCGCUAUGAGUCACGGUGGCGAUGGGAGGUGUUUUGAGUAUAUUGCUCUACUGGUGGGUUGACAGUCUUGAGAGGCGGGAAUUGCUAUCGCAGGACGUCCCUUCACGUGAGACCAUGACUCGGUCGAAGGCGUGCUUUGCUUGGUUGACUGAUAUGGCACACGACCUCGACGCGCAGUCACAUGGCCUGAAAUCUAAGGUACCAGGCCGUUGCAACCCGUCAGACUCACUGUCAUUAACAUGUACAGCGGCCUCCAAUAUCCGAUCGACAUCAUCGGAGUACUACAGUGCGACAGGACGAUCCUCAUGGUUGGCCGGCCAGGGCAGGACGAUCGCAUCUUGCAAGUCCCGAAUCAUGCGCAAUCCGAGGAGCUUGGAAGGCUUGCCCACAUCGUCGACGUCGAAAUUCUCGGUCACAGGAUGACUCCCGCCUACACGGGGCUCAGCACUCGGCAUUCCCAUUGGCGACAGCCAUGCCGAACUUGCUAGGGAGGAGAUAAUGAGGCGACGACUCGAGUUCAUCCCUUGCCAGCCAUGCUCAUGAGACCGUGGAGCAACUGGAAGAAAUAACCCCGAGGUUGACAGUAGAGCCAA